AUGGUUUCAAAAUCAUUGCUAGUCCUCACGGCGGCUCUCGCUACGGCCUGGGCUCAGACAACAACAACAGACGAACCUACAGCAACAGCUGAGGAGUCUUCCACAGGGACUUCAUCUGGAGAGACUGUAACACACACUGUCAAUGUUGGAGCAUCCGGUCACAAGUUCACACCAAACGAAGUCAAGGCCGAUGUUGGUGAUAUUAUUGAAUGGCGUUUCUAUCCCACCGACCACUGGGUUAUUCGGGGAGACUAUGACAACCCAUGCAUUCCCUACGAAUACAUUGGGGUGAACCGCCAGGGCUUCUCAAGUGGCACACAAAAGGUUCAGGCCAUCACCGACGAUGGCCCUCGAUACCGGGUUCGUGUCAACAACACUGAUCCUUUCUUCUUCUACUGCGGAGCUCCAGAGUCCUGUUCCAAGUGGAAGAUGAUGGGUGUCGUCAACCCUUCCAAGAAUGAGACAAUUGAAGGAUGGCUCAAGAAAGCAGAGGAUGUCGACAUGCAACUACGACCCGGAGAUCCUUGGCCAAAGGAGGGAGAGUCAACUUCUACCGGCGCAACAUCUGAACCGACCGCCGACAACAGUGAUGAAGAUGACGAGAGCAGCGGAAGCGGCAAGAAGUCUCUCUCUACUGGAGCCAUCGCUGGUAUUGCCGUAGGUGGUGCUGCUGUCCUUCUCCUCGCUGGUGCUCUUCUCUACCUCUGUGGACGACGAGGUGGCUUCGACAAGGCCUACCGCAAGAGUUUCCGCAACAGUGUUCCCCCUGCUCCUCCAGUUGUCGAGAACCCUUACUCUCCUCAUCCAAGUGUCGCCGAUCCCUGGGCUGCCCAGAAGAGCCCUGGUCUUGUGGCUGCUCCUUACGGCCAGAGCCCUCCUCUCAGCCCUCACCAGUCGAUCCCCUAUGGAACACACCCCGGCAUGGUCGCUCAAGAUGGAACCCCUAUUUCACACCACGAGGGCUACCAUCAACCACCCAUGGCCGCUUCUCCCGCUACAACACCCAAGCCUCACGAGCAAAUCGCCCCCGUGGAACUUCCUGGCUCUCCAGACCCCAACCACUCUCCUCUCCCCGCGUACAACAACAACAACAAUAACGGAAGGGGAUUCUCAUGGAACGGGGAUGAGCAGGGAUACCGUCCCACGAAAUAG